AUGAAUCAUCCUUUUGGCGCUGAAUUCAGUGCAUCCAUUCGAAACAAACCAAAGAAAACAUUCAUGUACACACCUGCCAUUCAAUUAUCUUCAGAUGAUGAAGAUGACGAAUUUUAUAACCAAACAGUAUCAUCAAUUUCGAGCUCAGCAAAGUUGGAUCCGAUCGAUGAAGAACAUUUAUUGGAUCCUCAUCAUCAUCAUCAUCACUCUGAACAUACUAUUAAUUCAUCAUCAUUACAUCACGAUGAUGAUAUAAUCAAACCAAUGAUCCAUCCUAUUACUGUACCCCUCUCAAAUGGAUAUACUUGUUCAUUUCCUUACCAUCCAUAUCCGUCACAAAUUGAAUUGAUGAAUCGAGUGAUAUUCACAUUGGAUCACACUGAAAAGGGUCAUCAUGCCAUACUCGAAAGUCCAACAGGUACAGGUAAAACUCUAAGCUUGUUAUGUGCCACAUUAUGUUGGCAACAACAUUUUAAAGCGAAAAUCAUUCAACAAUGGAAAGAAAAACAUGAAACACAUAACAAGGAGCAUGUCCAUUCAUCGUCGUCAUCGACAUCAUCAUCUUCAUCAUGGACUAGUACUGCUAAUAGUGGUAGUACUCAUGAUACAAGAAUGAAUGAAUUUACAACCGUUCCAGCAGAGGUCUCUUCUUCCUCCUCACCUCUCAAGAGAUUACAUGAUUCCAAAAUUCUAUCUUUAGAUUCUAAUCAUCCUUGGAGUACUGGUACCAGUAAUACGAGUAGCAGAUCAAGUCAUCAUGAUGAAUCAACCACAAUUCCUCCACCAUCCACAAAGAAACAAAAAUUAGAUAUGAAUAAUACUUCUUCAGAAUGUAAUAUGCAACAAAUUUCUAAAAUUUUACUUUAUUUACAAAAAGGAUUUACCAAUAAGGCUGAACGUGAAAUUUUAAAAUCCACAAAAUUACCAAAAAUUAUUUAUUCAUGUCGAACUCAUUCACAAAUCAAACAAGUAGUCAAAGAACUUCGCAAGACAUGUUACGCACCUAAAAUGACUAUAUUAGGAAGUAAGCAACAAUAUUGUAUCCAUCCCAUGAUGAAUCAUGGUUCAUCCAAGAAUCAUUUUCACCAUGGUACGACGAGCACAUGUGAUGUCAAUACGGAAUGUCAAAAAUUAAUCGAUGCUUCUAAUUGUUAUUAUUAUAAGAAUAUGUAUGCACUUGUUAAGAGUUCAAAUUAUUCUCCACAUUCUAAACAUUUAAUUUAUGAUAUUGAAGAUUUAAUUAAGGAAGGAAAACGAUUGAAGAGUUGUCCGUAUUUUGCAUCUAAAGAAUUUCUACUCGAUCCAGAAAUAGAAUUAAUAUUAUGUCCAUAUAAUUAUAUUCUAUCACCCAUCACUAGAGAAAUGAUGUCUCUCGAUGUUCAUAAUAGUGUUUGUAUUUUUGAUGAAGCGCACAAUUUAGAAGAUGCAUGUCGAGAAUCUACUUCAUUGACUUUGAGUGAAUAUGAACUUGAACAUGUGUGUGCUUUUGAAUUGAAUUUUAUUCUUUCAAAAAUGAUGAAUUCUACCAUUGUUUCUAAUAGAAAUUCAACGUUGAAUUCCAGUACUGAUUCUACUGUAACAAAUUUCACUACAAAUUCUACUAUACAUUCUAAUCCCACUACUCAUCAUGAUGAAUGGAAUUCUACAAAGAUUCAAUACAAGUAUUACAAAAUACUUGUUGAUUUUAUUUUAAAAAUUUUACAAUGGAUGAACAUGCAAGUAUUAACACCCUUGUCCAAUGAUGAUUCUUCUAUUGAAGGUAAAAUUAUUAAGGAACAAGAUGGUAUUAUGAAUGAAUUUAUGAAACACAUUUUUGAUCCCAGAAACAUGAUGCAUCAGGAAUUGAAACAAAUCAAAGAUGCACUUUUUCAUGUAAAAUCAUUUACUCCAAGUAAUAAGAAACAAGACUUGAGACUCUCUCAAAGAUCUUUGAAUAUGUUACAAGAACUUUGUACCAUUUUUGAUUUAAUGUUAAGAGAUGAUUUUAAAUUCAUGAAAGAUUAUGCAAUUGUUUUAAUCAAAAAGGCUGUCCCUCAUCAUUUAAAUACUAUCACUACCAAUGCUAAUACCAAUACCAAUGCUAAUACCACCACUGCUAGUAGUAGUAGUAGCACCACCAGUAGUAGUACCAGUAGUCAUAGUAGUAGUUAUAAUAAUAUACAUCAUCAACGUAUGGUUCGAACCGACGGUAUCAAUUCCUCAAGUAGUGGCAUUCCAUCCCUCACCAAUGUUCCAACAACAACAUCAUCAUCCUUAACCAUUGAAUAUCAAAUUAACUUUUGGUGUCUUUCUCCUGCUGUUGCAUUUGAAGAAUUACAGUUAAAUUCUAAAUGCACUCUAUUGGCAUCAGGUACUCUUAGUCCUCUUGAUACAUUUUCCAAUGAAUUGAAAACUCAAUUUACAACCACAUUUGAAGCAGAACAUGUCAUUGAACAAGAUCAAGUAUGGGUUGGAACAUUGGGUCAAUCUCAUGGAGUGAGUUUAAAUGCAAACUAUACCAAUAGUAAUACUACUCAGUAUCAAGAUGAAUUGGGUAGAAUUAUUCUAUCUAUUUGUCAACAAGAUUGUACAAGGAAUGGAGGUAUACUUGUCUUUUUUCCUUCCUAUUCAUUCAUGAACAAGAUUUUAAAACGAUGGAAAUCAUACAAUCAUUCCAUCCCUUCAUCGAACUGUUCUUCACUAUUGAAACAAAUUGAACAAGUCAAGGAUGUAUUUUUUGAAGAGAAGGGAACGAGUAUUGAAGAAACCAUUUCUAAAUAUUAUGCAAGUAUUGAAGAGCACAAGAAUAGAAACAACACGACUACUACUACUACUACUAGUGCUGCUAGAACUAGGACUACUGCCAGUACUGCUACUACUAGUGCUGCUAGAACUACAACAACGGCUACUUCCAAAAAUGGUGCUCUCUUUAUAGCUGUUUGUAGAGGAAAGGUAUCUGAAGGUAUUGAUUUUUCUAAUGACAAGUGUCGAAUGGUGAUAUGUAUUGGAAUACCCUAUCCAAAUAUUAAGGAUUUAAAAGUAUCUCUCAAAAGAGAGUACAAUGAUAGUGUGAACAAUGCAAGUAAUAAUAAUGGUAAUACUGGCCAUAGUAAUAGUUAUAGUAAUAAUAGUAAUAAUAAUAGUAAUAAUAAUAGUAUGGAUGGUGAACAUUGGUAUACAAGUCAAGCCUUUAGAGCCUUAAAUCAAGCGGUUGGUCGAUGCAUACGACACAAGAAUGAUUACGGAGCAAUCUUAUUAAUUGAUGAAAGAUUUCAAAACAAGAACAGUGCCAAGACUGUGAAUGCAUUCUCAAAAUGGAUUCGAACAAGAAUUGUGAAUUAUCCUUCAUUGGAAAGUUCAUUGAAAUCACUCUCUGAAUUUUUUGAAUGGAAUCAUGAACAUUUCUCAGAGAAUACUACAACUACUACAACUACUACUACUACCAAUACUACCAAUACUACUACUACUACAACCACUCCUACUACUACCAAUACAUUCCGUGCUGAACAACAUAUUCUUCGAUCAACUUUGAAAGAACAAAUCAACACUCAUAGGAGAAGAUCAAUUGUACGUAGUGAUGUCAUUUUGAAUGAUGAUUCUUCCAAUGAAUCAUUAGAAAUGCUCAGUGACGACGACGAGAUGACGAACGAUGAUGACGAAACCAAGUUACAAAUUCCAUUCAUGGAACAAAAUAGCACACCUACUACCUUAAUUUCUCCUCAUAGAACUCUUCCUCAAUCAUCACAUGCUACUCAUCAUGGCCUCUCUAAAAAUCGAAUGCCAAAUCCAAUGGUUACGACUACUCAAAGUAAUAGUAGUAGUAGUACUACUGAUACUCGUCGUCAUAGAAUGGAUUCUACUGCAACCAUUUAUUGCAGUUCUUGUCAAAAGACUCUUGUUUCCAUGAAUUCAUCCUGUCAAGUGAUUUCAUUGUUGCAACCACCACCACAUCAUUCCAUGUUGAGAAGUAUUCUCUCAUCCUUUGAGAAUGUAUAUGCCCAAGAUCAAGUAUUGAGAGUUGAUUCCAAGUUGACAAGUAUGAUUCCUUGUCGUCAAGAAUAUUCUUCCAAUCAGAAUCAUUGGACAUUUUAUCAUCAUGAAUCAACAUCACCCCUCGAUGAUUCAUUUGGACACCAUGUUGCAACACUGGAUUCAUCACAAAUGAAGCAUGUUCUCAAAUUUACAAAUCAACAACAAGACUUUUCAAUCCAACUGUCCAUGAAGGACAAGUCUCAAAACAAAAUCAUUACACCUUUUUCUGAAAGUGAAGGAGUGGUUUACAGUGUCUUGUUUUGUAAGAAUUGUUCUUUUGUGAGUGGAGUUAAAAUUAUUGCCACCGACGAAGAUCACCAACAGGAUAUUAAUUGUAGUUAUCUUUUCAUACCAACAACAAGAAGAUGUUUCAUGAAUCAGAAGGGUGAUGAACCUGUUGACAGCAAUGCUACCAACAAUACAUUCAGAAAUGAGGGUGAGGUUGUGGUCAUUUCUUCAGAUGAUGAUGAUAACGAAUGA